CUUUCCGGAAGGGAGCCACCAACCUGGCAGUGCGAUGACUUUUGAGGACUGAGUAAAGAUGACCAGGUCCAUGGGGACAGCAGCAGUCCUUCCCAGGUGGAGGAGGCCGGUGGCACUGUGACCACUGUUACAUGGGGACAGUGCUCACUUUCAGAGGAGCUUGAGGUGUCUGUCCGCCUGGGCAGCUUCUGCUCUUGAACUGGCACACAGUCACGUCCUCGAAAAGACAAGCCCGAACCCAGGAGGAAGAUGAAGUCUCGCGCCCCCCCUCCUCCUGGAAAGCCCGCCACGCCAAAUGUGCACAGUGGGCAGAAGCCUCCCGGGGACGUGUCCCCCAGCCCUCCACAGAACCUACUGCACAUGAAGGAGAACUUGAGAAACAGCACGGUGGCCGUCACCGUGGUUCUGCCCAGCGGGCUGGAGAAGAAGAGCGUGGUCAAUGGCAGCCAUGCAAUGAUGGACCUACUGGUUGAACUUUGUCUUCAGAACCACCUGAAUCCAUCCCACCAUGCCCUCGAGAUCCGGUCUUCAGAAACCCAACAGCCUUUGAGUUUUAAGCCAAAUACUUUAGUUGGGACCCUGAAUGUGCACACUGUAUUUCUCAAAGAGAAAGUUCCCGAAGAGAAGGUGAAGCCUGCCCCACCCAAGGCACCUGAGAAAUCCGUGCGCUUGGUAGUGAAUUACCUGCGAACCCAAAAGGCCGUUGUGCGUGUGAGCCCUGAGGUGCCGCUCCAGAACAUUCUCCCAGUCAUCUGUGCAAAGUGUGAAGUCAGCCCGGAGCACGUGGUGCUCCUCAGGGACAACGUUGCCGGGGAGGAGCUGGAACUUUCCAAGUCCCUCAGCGAGCUGGGGAUAAAGGAGCUCUACGCGUGGGACAACAAACGAGAAACCUUUAGAAAAUCAUCGCUUGGCAAUGAUGAGACAGAAAAAGAAAAGAAAAAAUUUCUGGGAUUUUUCAAAGUUAAUAAAAGAAGCAGUAGUAAGGCCGAGCAGAUCGCGCGGUCCAGAGUGGACAGCGAUGAGGACACCUCACAGUCUGCUUUGGGAAGGGGCUCGAACGGCUGCCUGACGACGCCUAACUCCCCGUCGGUGAAUUCCCGUUCCAUUAUGUUGGGUCCAUCCCUCUCACUCAGCAACAUCUCAGGGGUGUCUGUGAAGUCAGACUUGAAGAAGCGACGGGCCCCUCCUCCCCCGACCCUGCUGGCUGCAGGGCCACCAGUGCAGGACAAGACCUCGGAAAAGGUAUCCCUGGGGUCCCAGAUUGACCUACAGAAAAAGAAGAGGCGGGCGCCAGCCCCCCCAAUGCCGCAGCCCCCGACGCCGCAGCCCCCCAUGCCGCAGCCCCCGCCGCCAAGCCCCCUGGUGCCCUCUCGCACACAGGACAGGGAGGAGAACAGGAAGAGUGCCACAGGUGUUGGACGGCAGGUGCCACAAAAGCCUCCCAGAGGCUCUGCUCGGGGGCCCCCCCAGUUAGUGCUCCCCCCACCCCCGCCCUACCCUCCUCCUGACACGGACGUGGCGGAGCCUCUCGGCUUUCCUGGGGAGAGUGUUGGCUCCGAGGCCUCGGACCUGAGACCCACACUGAGCCUGCCCAUGGGCCUCAGCAGUCCCUGCGGCACAGACAGGGUCCCACCGGUGCUGUCUGAGGCCGAGGAGACAGUGUCUGUCAGCAGCUGUUUUGCAUCAGAAGACACGACUGAAGACUCUGGCGUGGUGAGCUCCCCCUCAGACAUCAUCUCCCUGGAUUCCCAACACGACAGCAUGAAAUCCAAAGAUAAGUGGGCCACAGACCAGGAGGACGGCAGUGACCAGGACCUGGCUGGAACCCCAGAACUGGGUCCCCACAAGAGCCCCACAUGGGAGAGGAAUGGCUCUGGGAACUGGCAUCCAAGACCUGAAGCUGCUAUAACCCCCAGUGGCAAUGAAGACCUGUUUUUCACCGGGCAGUUCCAGAAAACCCUUGAGGAACUGGAUGAGGAGCUGGACGGACUGGAAGAGAGCUCUGAGGCCAGCAGUAGCCUGCGGACCAGCUCCGUGAACGGCGUGUCCCCUCACUGCGUUCCGGACGCCGCCGUGCCCGAGUGCGACGCCGACACAAUCCCGGUCACCUUCAUUGGGGAGGUUUUAGAUGACCCUGUGGAUUCGGGGUUGUUUUCCAAUAGGAACAACAAUGCUGGUUCUUUUGACCUGGGGGGCAUGGCGGGCAAGGGAGCGCCCCCACCCCCUCAUCAGGAGGAGCACAGCCAGCAGCACGGAAGGAGGGCAGACGUGGCCGGCUCGCCCGCUCCUCCCCACGACGUUGGGAAAGAAAGCAAACCCACCCCGUCCAACCCCUGUGAGGCUGUGAACCUGAGUAAGGUGGAGCCCAAGGUGACCGCCACUGCCUCGUUUCACACGCGCAGCCCGGAGGCAAAGCGGAGCGGCGAGGCGCCUGGCUCUGCUCUCGGUGGGAAGACGCAGGCCAGCAGGAUGGCGAGUUCACAGCCAGUGAACGACAAGGAAGGCCAGGGUAAGAAUAGCGGCUCAGCACCACCGUUGUGGUAUCAACGGGGCCAGAACCCAGGGGGAAGUUACGGACUUAAAUACGGCCUCACGACGUACAAAAUUGUCCCUCCGAAAUCAGAGAUGCGGUGUUAUGACAGAGGCGUCUCGCUCUCCACAGGUGCCAUUAAGAUCGACGAGCUGGGGAAUCUGGUGAGUCCCCACGCGAGCGGGGGCAGGACCAUAGCCCUGUCACCGUCCACCCUUGACUUGGAAACCCAACCCAUUGGAAAAGUCAAAGAAUUCUGGAGGUCCAACUCUCUAGAGAAACACUCUGGCCAGCCCACAGAGGGCUCUGCCAAGAGGACCCUCACUCCUGCCAUGCCAGCAAAGCCACAGCCUCAAGAAGGCAGACUCAGAGCAGAGCCCACCUUCCCAGACCCCAAAGUGACAUCACCCACACAGCAGUCUGCCCACCGAGAAGAGGGGAGACAUCUGCAGGAGGACAGAAGCCAGCCACCCACGGCAGCCCCUUGUCCCAUGAAAGUGCCAGCUGCGAACGCCAUAGAAGUCCCAUUUCUCAAGCCUCAGAGAAGAACAUCCAGUCAGUACGUGGCCUCUGCCAUUGCCAAGCGGAUAGGGCCCCAGAAAGCCCGCACCAACGUGGUGAGGCAGCAUGGUCGUGCCGAGGAGCCCCGGGAAGGCAGAGCGCCAGAGCUGGUGGGACAACCUCCCACUAGGAGAGAUGGCACAGCCCGCAGCCCAUACUCAGACGGGGAAGCCUCAGCAGUAGGAGCCCAGCCCAGAGCGCAGGUCAGCAGCCCUUCUGGAAAGCUGUCUGCUCAAGACUCUCCUGCUGGCGUCCACAGAAGUCCCCAUGUCCCACCCGUCACAGCUUCCCAGAGGGAUCACGUUUCUGUGACACUUAGAAGCCUCAGUGAAAAGCAAAGCACCAGUAACUCCAGGGCCAGCUCAGCCUCUGCCCCCAAACGCAUGCUGGACAAUACACAUCCCCCGCCUGCCCGCUCAGGAGACGAUCAGACCCCUGGCAGGACCCAGGUGAAUGGCUCCAGGUGGGUCCCCAUCCAUGCUGAGCCUCCUCACUCUCUGAGAGGGUCUGGCACGAAUAAGCACGCUGGACAGGAGCCCCUAGAACAGGAGGAAAAGCCCAGUUUGUUGUGCGCAGAUGGACCUGAGACCGAGGGUACGCUGCCUCCCAGCAUCUUUGGGCCAAAGAAGAAAUUCCGACCCGUGGUCCAGAGGCCCGCCCCGAAAGACACAUCGCUGCACAGUGCUCUCAUGGAAGCCAUCCACUCAGCGGGAGGGAAGGACAAGCUUCGCAAGAUUGCGGAACACCCGUCCGAGGGAGGGCCCAGGAAGCCCUGCUACACGGAGACAGCAGGCGAGCGCUCCGCCCUGCUGGCAGCCAUCCAAGGGCACAGCGGUGCCUGCAGCCUGCGGAAGGUGUCGUCCUUCGCCUCUGAGGAGCUGCGGACCUUCCGGGAAGCGGAGCAGUCCUCAGAACCACCAGGACUGCGUGACCUUGGCCUUCAGCCCCCGCCUGCCCUGCCGCCCCCGCCCCCGCCCCCUCCGGCCACCCAGGCUCCCUCCACAUCCAGGACGGCGGCCAGGUCCAGCUCAGGCAACCCCGCUGAAGCCAGGCAGGCCCUGAUGGACGCCAUCCGCUCCGGCACAGGGGCUGCAAGAUUGAGAAAGGUGACAGGGAGUGACCACGUGAGCGUUCCUGCGGGGCCAGGGGGAGGUCAGCAAGGAGCCCCACAACAGUGAGACAGCAGCGGGGAGGGGUGGCUGACAGCCCAUGUCCCUUACCCCAGACACCAAAGGAAGACAGCCCUCACCAGGCGGGGGGGUCGGCCCACAGACUAGCUCCUGGGGACUCAGGGGAGUCCGCACCACACGGGUAACCCACACGCACUCUGUGGCCCGGCAGGCAUCUGUGGGGUGUCCCGCAGCGAGCACAUGUGGCCCUUGUGGCCCUCAGCGUGGAUUGAGGCGCUCAGCAUAAUUGCUAUGUUUCUUUUUUGGCUAGCAUUAUGUCUGAAAUGAUUGAGCUUGCAGCCGCUUGGGCAGGGCGCUUGCUUUCUGGUUGUGCAGUUCCUACCCGGUGUGGUCUUAUGCUGGUCCACAUGUCUGUCACCCUGUGGGCUGUGUGGGCAGUGGGCUGUGUGCCCCACGGUGGGGUUCCCAGACUCAGGGACUCUAGGGCCCCGGGGCUUCUGGGAUCUGUUUCUCUGUCCAUGGACUGAUUCUCUGUCCCUGCCCAUUUCUGGUGGGUUUGGGGAGUUCUGCUUGUGACAGGGAGGCAGGUGACAGGUAUUUUUUCCUGAGAGACGAUCUCUGGGUUCUCAGCUCCUGUUCUCACACAGUCCUCAAGGGCUCAGUACUGUGUGUACGUGGAAAGUGAAUGAGGCUCAGAAAACCUGGCUGGCGUGGCCUUGGUCCCAGAGGACCGGACACAGACGGGGCUCAGUUAGAACACAGAAAGCACUCGGGAGCAGUAUCUGCUGCGGGGAGCAGGUGUCCUCGAGACAGGGCAGAGCCCCUGGCACCACCGGGAAGGCUGAUCACUCUCCUGCAGUCCCCACCCCAGGAGCCUGUGGCAGCAGAGGAGGGGAGAAGACCCCUCCCUGCAGGCAGCAAGCCCACGACAUGACAGGCAGUCCUCACUCAAGCCCAGAGAUGUUCUGUGGUGUCACCCAGUGCACGUGUGGCCUGACCCCCGACCACCUGGCAGCUCCCCGAGGGGCCACUGUCCCUGCUCACGGGCCACUCCCAGGGCUCACGCCUGUGUGACAGUGAGGCAUUCCUGGCUGUGUGUGUGUGGCCCUCAGGAGGGACCCCAGAUGUCAGCUGGCAGGCCUGAUGGCCCAGCUGAUCCGGCACCAUUCUGAGGUUCUCAGAGUGAAAUCCAACUGACAUCUCUGUCCUGAUUCAGAUUUGGGGGCGGGGUGGGAGGUGAGCCGCAGAGCUGCAAUUUUCGAGUGUUUGCCAAACGACUUCACAUUCAAAUCGGAACUAAUUAGCUGUGUCAGCUGCACCCGUACUGUAUUUCAGGUAAUGCUGAACCACAGGCCGUACCUGUUGCUUACAUAUGCCAGCUCGUGGACUGAUUUCUGGGUCUUUCCAGAAUAGCUGUUACCUUGUCCAAGGGUCCUGGGCCCAGAGAGGUGAAAAGCUUGCCGAGGUUGCACAGCUAGAAGGUGGCAGACCAUAGCAAGUCUAACCCUCAGUCUCAUACCUUUCAGAAAGAAAGGGAAAAAAGCAAGUUUGAGAAUUGUGUGAAGGAGCAGGAAGUUGUUCGUGCUGUGAGAAAGGAGGUGGGGAGAGAUGCUGGGGACAGUGGGGAGGGGGGUCUGGGACCAGAUGGGGCAGGCCAGCGUUGGGGUGGUACAGCUGGGGCCAUGUGCAUCUGGACGGGCGCUCGGGAGCAGGGCUGCUGCAGGGGCAGUCCCAGGCCACCAGGUUCUAGCCUGGGCCGAGGCCAGGCUGUUCUCUCUCACGAUCUCUGCUUUCUUUCGGCUGCUUCAAAUGGCAUUCAAAGGCCUUCAUGUCGAUUGUUUCUCGGAUGAGUAGAAGUGUUGUGACGUGCCUUAUCCAUCCUGGGAAGGUCUAUGCAGUGCAUGUUUAUAUGGCCCAGCCGAGGUUCUGAUGGCCUGUACAGUUUACAAGAUGCCCUUGGGCAAAAGUGACCAGGAGGAGUGUGACACAGGGGACCAUGUCCCCCUGCUCUCUGUCACCACUCUAGCCAACUGUGCUGCCGUGUGCGUGGAUGACCUCAGCGCUGAACGUGUAGGACUGGGUCACUGCUCCACCCCCUUGCACUCUGCAUCGCAGAAUCACGUAAGACCCGCUGAUGGAGGUGGGGCCUUGGAGGGCAGGCACUGGAAGGUCCGUGCCCACCUAGGUAUUUUCCCCAAAGCCUGGUUAGAUGGCUCUUCUCUGCGCGGUGUGGACCAUGAGGAUCUCUGUGGACUUUGCCACAAAUGUGCUCUGGGGUAUAUGUUUCGGCAGGUAAAUCUCAAAUCAUUUGCUCUUUUCUUCUUAUUUCUUCUGCUUCCUUUUAUCUUUUGAGCUGUUAGAGUCGUAGAACCUUGAGGAAAAUGUGAUAAAUGCAGGACUCCGGGGUCCACAUAGGGUGGGCCCAGCUCUCUGUGGGAACUCAGUGUAUGCAGUUCUCCUUCACCAGCUCCUGGGUGUUCAGUGAGGGCUCCAGGUCGGGUGUGGCCAGGAGGACUUCAUGGACCCAAGGGAUGGUGCUGGCCCUCCCAGGACUGGCAUGAGGGGCCCCCAUGCAUCAGUCUACUGGCUCCCCUCCUCCAGUUGUCAGUCCAACCUCGUCAUCCUAACUGGGGUGCCCAGGCAUUCUGGAAGGACUCGCAGGAAGGCAGGAUGGUCAGGGCUAAAACUCCGAGGAUGGACAAUUGCCCGCCCCCCAGCCUGUAACAUACAAGGUUUGCAUUGUUAGGGAUUCUACUUACAGUAAAAGACAAAAGGGUCGGUUUGACACAUAAGGAAUAAUUACCUUAAAAAUGACUGGCACUGGCACGUGUACCUGGCUCAGUCAGUUAAGCGUCUGACUCUUGAUCUCCACUCGGGUCUUGAUCACAGGAUUGUGAGUUCAAGCCCCAUGUUGGUCUCCAUGCUGGGCGUGGAGCCUAUUUUUUUUUAAAAAUGGCAUUUUUCAAAGCAAUUAAAGGUACAUUUGCCUUCACAGUGUGAACGAGAUAAUGUCUCUGCCUCUGUAUUUGUGGCGAUCAAAGAAAUUUCCAGCCCCAGGUCAGAGCACUUGCAGUCCCACUCUGUCUGCCGGUCCUUCUUCAGUGGCACCCUAGCUCUGCUUGAGUGCAGGGCUCAGAUGGACAGCCCAGCACCCACUUCCUUCCCCAACUCCAUCCCACACUCACAGUAACAGGGAGCGUGUCUCUGUCUGACAGCCUUCAGUGGUCUGUCUUAAAUGCGUUCCUUCAGGAGCCUGGAAUGAACUCCAAGCACCCUAUGCAUCUGUGUUUAUAUUUAAAACAUUCACACGUCCAGCCAUCCACUCUGCAAGCAUUUCCUGAGAAACCCCCAGGGUCCAGAGCCUGUGGUCCUGCUCACGACAGAAGAGUGAACGAGGCAGGGUCUGCGCCCUCGUGGGCUCUUACCAGAAAGAGAGGGUGUGGAGUCGGUUGUUGACCGUGGGGCCUUCUCACCAAGUUAGGGACAUGAUGAACGCCCUUGUAUGUCCUGGCUCUCCUCCAGGCCCACGCUCUGUCACCUUCCUGGGCAUGGAGGCUGUGGUGUCCAUCCCACAGACAGGCAAGCAGGGCACAGAUGUCGGACUUACCCCCGGCCUGAACUGGGUGGGCGCCGCUGCUGAGCCCGACGCCACAUGGGUGCAUUCUCCCAGAGCAGGAAUGGACUGAUACCGACCACGCACACAUCAUGACACUUGGCCUUGACUGUAGACCCCAUGAGACAUGAUCAGACAGGUGACGCUGUCACCAUAAAUGUCCAGGAGGCCCCCACGCCAGGACAGAAACCAACAAUACCAGCAGACCUCUUUCCUCCAAGCCAAAAGGUGUCGUCCCUGAAGGGUCAGAGAAGCCACGUUCCUGUUGCUGGGAGCUGUGACUUGUGUCAGAACAGGAGACCCAACCUGAGCCAGAAUUCCAUCACACGCCAAGUUUGGGCUGCUCGUCUGUGACCCUGGAGAAGGUUUGGGUUAAAGUGGACAGGCUCCGAGGUACAGACGGGUCAGCUCCACUGUGCUGCCCCUUGGCGUGUGAUCCUUCUACGCUGUUCGGAUCUACCAGGUGACCUGUUCUUUCUGUAGGGGGCACAUGGGGAAGCCUGUACUGAGAAGCCACCGAUGCAGUGACCCCUGGGGGCCCUCACAAAUGCUGCCCCCUGCUCCUGGCACACUGUGCCCCAUGUUUUACCAGCUACCCCCACUCAUCCCACAUGUGCGUGCGUUAAAUACUAGCCCUCAGAAAAUCCCCCUCAGUUCCUGGGUGGUCAGGACAGCUCCCUUGGUAUCAAACCACAGCUCUAAUUUCUGGAAUCAUCAGUGCCAUGUGCUUGGUGCUUGCCCCUCCUACCAGACUAUACAGCACCGCACACUGUUCCUGGCACACAGUGGGCACUCAGUACCAGUUACAUGGACAAGGGACAGAGAGAACAAACUCACCCAUGUUUGCCAGCUCCCACCUAGGAAACCAGCCCAUCCCGCAUCCGUGCGCCCAUCACUUGGCUACUCCAUCAUCACUAUAACAUCUCGCCAAGAAUCCACUUCAAGCUGGAAAAAGACAUCAUCUUUUCCUUUGGAAAAUUAGAGGAGUUCUGUGAUUCUGUGCAUCCCAUGUCUUCCCUCACAGGUCCCAUUUCCAGUCCGCAAAGUGGGCCAACAGCUCAUCAGCGCCCUGGAGCUCAUCUGUCCCCUCUGGGAGCCGGGAGCUUACUAGCAAGUCCUGCCACUCUGACGAUUCCUUUCCUCUCCCUGGACACCAUUUCCCUGUCACCACUGUCCCUUUCACCUCUUUCCAUAGAAACGUCAUUCUCCUUGGCAGGCAAGGAAACAAAAUGAAACUUGGAUAUUUUUACAGCUUUCCGGGUUGGCCUCAGACUCUAAGCUUUGUCCCUUCACUGAUUUUCUUCUUGUUCAACCAAAACAAAAGAGGAUCUUUCAGGAAGCAAAGCUAUCCCUUGCUUCAGCCCAGAUGGCAUUCACUUACUGAUGUGGCUUAAAUUUGGGUCGACACUAGUGGCCGUCAGUAUGGUUUAUGAUACAUUUGUGGUUAACUGAACCACCAAGCUCCCUGUUGUUGAAUUGUUGUCUGAGCCAAAUCAUUUUAAUGCUGUCCUUGUGCAAUUUCCAUUUUUAUAUAUUACUAAGGAGUUUUCCUUUCCCCUUGUAAAUACUGUCUUAAUUUUCUGAGAACUUUUCAAAUCUGGAUUCAACCAUUAUAUUGAUAUUGGCGGUGGUGAGCAUGCCUUCCAGGUCUCCAACCCAGCCAUCAAUUCAAAUAUUCACCAGUCCAGGACUCUGGCUCUCUGACACUCAGAUUUCGGGGCCCACCAGAAGCAGGCUUGCUGCCAGGAGAGCAGGCGAAGGCCGGCCCCUCCCGGCUUUACUGUCCUGCCCUUGAACUGCCCCAGCAGCCCACGCCCCCAUGUACCCUUUGCACCCUGAGAGAUUGACCUUAGCAGCAGGGAACUGCUCUCCAAAGGCGGCUUCUCCCAAUGUGCCUGGCUUUAGGUGACAGAGGCAUGCUGAGCCAUCUCCUGCCCCACCCCCAAACCUUCAUUUGGUUGUCACCCCAACUCGUCCACUGGAAACCCCUAUGGAAGGAAAGGUGGUGAGGGGUGGUGGUGGUGAGUGAGGCAUGUGGCAGACCCCACUGUCUGUUCGCUUUGCUGCAGAGAUGGCUCUGACACCCCCAGCCCCUGUACAAGGAGGGGCUGGCAAGCGAGGUGCUCCCUGAGACUUGCCCAGACUGCAUGCAGAAUCAGACUCCAAAAUGUGCACUCUCAACUCUGCACAUGUGCUUAGUGUGUUUUUUAAAAGUUUUGGUAAAUGAUAUCUUUGUUAAGGGUCAUUCUUCUUUCCAUUUUUUUUUUUUAGAGAGAGAGGGCA